GUAAUAAGUGAACGGCCCCUAAUGAAUUAUUAUUAAUUAAGCAGCCUGAAAAUAGAAUAUCUGUAAGUUAUAAAUAGGUAGGUAAAAAUAAGAGGAAGUGAAAUAAAAGCGUGCAAUUAGUUGUGCGACCCGCGAAACAACAAAAACAACUUUUUCAUCACAGAAAGCACAGAGAAACAAAAUAUUUUGAAUUUUUUAAUUAAACUAUGUAUUUAUAAAGUGAACAAAACAAUGGAUAUUAUUGGUGUAAUAAACAGUAUAUAUAGGAGCUAUGGAACAUUAUUUUCAGACGAUUUUAUAGCAUUUUUUAAAGAAAACACUCAAAAUCAUGUAUGGAUUACUAUUUUGAUUGUCCUUUUUACAACCACAAUCCUCGUUGCAUGUUACUUAUGGAGAAAGAAUAAAAUCCGCAAACAAUCAAUAAUUGAUAGACUUACAAGUUCCUUUUUGCAUGAUGGACAGACAAGAUUUAGAAAGCGAGAUAAAAUGUUAUUUUAUGGUCGACGGAUGUUGAGAAAAGUGAAGACAAUUAGCACAGGAACUGGUGCUGAGAGAGGUAGAAAACGUCGAGCUGUAAUGAAGUUUGCUAGGAAGAUUUUACAACUUCAAAAGGACAAUUUACAGCCUCAAUUAAAAGUUACUGAACCACCAGCUGAAUACUUUGAGGAAAUCAUUGAGAAAGUCGGUGAAAAAGUACCGGCUGAUGCCUAUUUCAUGCUUCAGUCAAUAAGAAUUUUUGGUCAAUUUGAGAAGCCAGUAUUUUUAAGGAUAUGCAAGCACACAGAGAUAAUAAAUUUAAAGGCUGGUGAUUAUUUGAUUAAAAUUGGCGAUGCUGACGAUUCAGUUUUUAUUGUACAAUCUGGUUCCGUUAAUGUUUUUCUAAAUAAUGCUGACGGAUCGUCUAUAUCAUUAAAAGUAGCAAAGAAAGGCGAAACGGUAACAUCAUUAUUAAGUUUUAUAGACAUACUCGUUGGAAAUGAUAGUACCUAUAAAACUGUUACCGCAAAAGCUAUUGAAGAUUCUCAAAUCAUUCGCUUGCCAAUGUUUGCGUUAAAGGAAAUAUUCAAUGAGAAUCAUGAUAUCCUAGUACGAGUAAUACAAGUUAUUAUGGUUCGAUUACAAAGAAUUACAAUUAGUGCUUUAUACAAUUAUCUCGGAUUAAAUAUUGACUAUAUUCAUGUAUCACAAAAGAAGAAACAAGCUCAAGCAGCUAAUCCCUUAACAAACAUUCCAAAAGGAUACCAACAUAAACGACAAAUGUCUGACCAAUUUUCCUUAGUUAUGAGUAGUGUUACUUCCGAUAAAAACGAUAAACCUGACAUGCUAAAUGACAUUGAAUUUCCAAUAUUAGUUCCAAGACGCACAUCAGUUUUGCCGCAACCAACUGACAUUCCCAUUGAUAUUGAACUUAUGAAAAGCUUAGCUACAGAUGGUUUUCUAAAAGAACUAGGUUUAAAGGACGAUGAUCGAGCAUUGAUUGUUGAUAGUAUUGAAAUUAAAGAGAUUCAAGCUGGAGUGACUUUGACACAUCAAGGACGAGAAGAUGACGUCAUGCUAAUUUAUAUAAUCACUGGUGGAUUAAAUCUUAUCAAUUAUCAGCCAAAUAAAGGAAGUAAGAAAGUCUCUGAAUCUCAUUCCGUAACACUUCAUGCUGGAGAAGUUGUAGGAGGUUUAGCUGUGCUAACUGGAGAAUCAAGCCUCUAUGCUAUUAAGUCUAGAGUCUCUUCACGCGUUGGUCUUAUCACGAAAGAGAAUGUUUAUAAAAUUAUGCAACAAAGACCGACAUGUGUAUUAGACAUCGCUAAUUCAGUUGUUAAAGGAUUAAGUCCAUUGGUUCGUCAGUGUGACUUUGCAUUAGAUUGGAUAUUUUUAGAGUCAGGACGCGCAGUUUAUCGUCAAGAUGAAGCAUCAGAUAGUACUUAUAUAGUUCUUAAUGGACGUUUAAGAUCAGUUAUGACUCACAUGAAUGGAAAAAAGGAAGUUGUUGGAGAAUAUGGAAAAGGAGAUUUAAUUGGAAUCGUUGAAAUGAUAACGGAAUCUCAAAGAAGUACAAGUGUUAUGGCUGUACGGGACUCCGAACUAGCUAAAUUACCAGAAGGACUGUUUAAUGCAAUUAAAUUAAAAUAUCCAGUGGUUGUAACUCAACUUAUUAGUCUCCUUGGACAUCGUCUUUUGGGAUCUAUGAGAAAUGCCACAAUAUCAUCAAAACCAAACGUGCCAAUUGAAGCAUCUCCUUUAAAACAUAAAUUUGCAACAAUUGCAAUUCUCUCAAUUACUGAUGAUGUUCCAUUGACUGCUUUUACUUAUGAACUUUAUCACUCUCUAUCAGCAAUUUGUCCAACAGCACGUUUAACUGCUGAUGUUGUUAGGAAGACUUUAGGAAUGAAUAUUAUGGAAUCAGCAAACGAAUAUCGUCUUUUAAGUUAUUUAUCACAACAAGAAGACCAUAAUGAAGUGACUUUAUAUCAGUGUGAAAGUGGAACUUUAACACCUUGGACACAACGAUGCUUAAGACAGGCUGAUGUCAUUUUAAUUGUAGGCUUAGCUGAACGACCUCCAUCAUUGGGUAAAUUGGAACGUGAAAUUGAAAGAUUUGCUAUUAGAACAGCAAAGGAAUUAGUUUUAUUGCAUACUGAGACGUCAACCAGUUCUAAUUUAAGGCCAACAAACACAGUUCAGUGGUUGAAUCAGCGAACAUGGGUAAACAAGCAUCAUCAUAUUUUAUGUCCGAAGCGAAUGUUUACGAGAAAAAGUCAAUACCGAGUAAAUGACUUGUACACAAAAGUACUUAAUUCUGAGCCAAAUAUUCAUUCAGAUUUCUCAAGACUUGCUCGAUGGUUGACUGGAAAUUCUGUAGCUUUAGUUCUUGGUGGUGGAGGUGCGAGAGGAGCUGCACAUGUAGGAAUGUUAAAAGCUAUUCAAGAAGCAUCGAUUCCAAUUGAUAUGGUUGGUGGAGUUUCGAUUGGUGCUUUUAUGGGAGCUUUAUGGUGUGCUGAGCGAAAUAUCACGAUUGUAACUCAAAAAGCCAGAGAAUGGUGCAAGAAAAUGACUCAAUAUGGAUUGCAAAUAUUAGACCUAACAUAUCCGAUUACAUCAAUGUUCAGUGGACGACAAUUCAACAAGACUAUUCGAGAUACAUUCGGUGAUAAUGUAAAAAUUGAAGACUUGUGGAUUCCAUACUUUACAUUGACUACUGAUAUCACUGAUAGCUGCGCGAGAAUACACACACAUGGAAGUUUAUGGCGAUAUGUUAGAUCAUCGAUGAGCUUAUCGGGAUACAUGCCACCAUUAUGCGAUCCAAUUGAUGGCCAUCAUUUACUGGAUGGGGGCUAUGUUAACAAUUUACCUGGUAAGACGUUUAACUUGGAUUUUAAUUUGCUUCCUUAUAAGUUUUUAAUCAGCAUCCGGAACAUUAUUAUUGACGGAAUUUACUCAUCCUUCUGCAUAUUCUUUUUGGUUUAGUUCUUUUUUUUAUGAAUGCACAUAAAACACUAUUUUUUAUUAUUUUACUAUGCACCCUUAUUUUUAGAAUUACGGAAGGUUUGGUCCUGUAGAAUAUGUAGCAUAUUGGAAAUCUAGCCACCAUAAAAAAUAAAAAAAAAAUGGUUUUUAAAAUACUCAGAACUGGAAAGUCAAGAUCCUUAAAAUCACAUUUAUCUCUCAAAUUAGCUCACAUUUUUAUCAAAUAUCCAAUAUUUUUUUUUGUAUUGCUAACUUUUUCUUUAGGCGUUUUAUGGCGUUUGGUACGCUCUAGUAUGACAAUUGCAGGAGUUUUUCCCCCAAUGUGUGUAGACGGUCACCAUCUUAUCGACGGAUGCUAUACGAAUAAUGUUCCGGGUCCAAAUUUUGUUCCAUAAUUUAUUAUUAAGAGUUGUUAUUUGUUGGCACUGCUAUUAUAUAAAUCAGUAAACUAAUCAUUAUUUAUUGGUUUUUAUCAUUUUGAAGUUUAACGAUUUUAAAUUUAAAUUCAACGGUUUUUAUUUGUUUCAAAAUUUAAACUGAAAUUAACUUCAAAAUUGAAUUACUAAACUUUUCGUUCAGUAACUCAGGAAUUCUGUCAAAAAAAAAAUAAUCAGUCAGCCAAAGAUGCUUUUUUAAAAUCUAUCAAAAUUAUACUAAGUUCUCAUAUUUCAAAUUUCUUUCACAGCUGACGUAAUGCGUAGUCAAGGAGCUAACAUAAUUAUUGCAAUUGAUGUUGGAUCUCAAGAUGAUACUGAUUUGACAGAUUAUGGAGAUGAUUUAAGUGGCUGGUGGGUCUUGUACAAAAGAUAUAAUCCAUUUACGUCACCAAUAAAAGUCAUGACAUUGCCUGAUAUUCAGUCGAGACUUGCUUAUGUCUCGUGUGUACGGCAAUUAGAACAAGUAAAAAGCAGUGACUAUUGUGAAUAUUUAAGACCACCAAUUGAUAAAUAUAAGACACUGGCAUUUGGAUCAUUUGAUGAAAUACGAGAAGUUGGAUUUAAUUAUGGAAAAAAUUAUUUUGAGCAGCUAGCAAAAAGUGGUGGACUUAAUAGAUUUAAUCGAUGGACACAACAAAAGUCUUCGGACGAGAGUCGAGAAUCAAGUCCAUCAAAUAGUCAAUCAAACUACACAUUUGUUGAUUUAGCACAAAUUGUAUGUCGGGUACCAGAAAUAUGUCAAGAAAGACAUGAUGAUUUGUCAAGCGAGGAUGAUUAUUUCGUUGGAUAUGCUUCAGAACCAUCAACACUUCGCUCAAGUGCUAAGGUACGACAAUUAAGGGCUGUUGGUGGUUCACUUUCGCUAUCUGAGAACGAAUAUGAAAGUGACAUUGAUUCGUCUGAUGCUGAACCGAAUAUUAGUAGUAAAAAAUCUUUAAAUCUUGCAUCGAGUGAAGCUUAAAUUAUUCAAAUGAAAUUAUAGCUUUUUUAAUGAAAUUCAUACCAAAAACUACAUAAAAGGAUAAAUUAGUAAAAAUAAAAGUUUUUAUUUAACAUAA